AUGCUUUUAGAUAGAAGAACCAAUCAAUACGACGAGGUAGUGUCGUCAUCCAAAAGAUUGUUGAUGACCAUGGAGUUUGCACCAGGAAAUGUACCAUCUACAGGAUCUGUGUAUACAGACAAGGAACAUACAAAUGACGAGACAUCGAAAUUGCAUCUCUUUCGCUUUGGAAGCUCUAGCGACUUGUUUGCUUCUAUGCAUUAUAAGGACAAAGAGGAAACUGGAAUUGCAUCUCCUACUGAAAGUACGACCACGUCAAAGGUUGAGAGUGUAUGUCAAAACAAUCAUUCUGACACUUUGACCGCAUCGAAUCAAGUGACACAUGACGUGAAAGAAACGACAGAGUUACAUGACUUAAGUGAUCGAGCGAUGGAGACACCAGUGCAUACAACGUUACUAUCGUCUCGUAAUACACGACGUAAGAAUAGUAUCGAAAUGUUUUUAUCGCAAUCGCCAAGUCAAGCUCUGGGUGGAAAUUUUUUAAAAUUGAGUUUGGAAGAUCGACAAUUGAAUGAGUUGCAUGGACCUACUUGUGGCACGAAUGAUCCAACAAAUGUACGUACAACCCGAAAUGCAAAUGUGUAUGCUACUGGACACUUUCAAUUGAACGCCGUGACGGACGAUUCACUCUCUGGUCGAUAUCGUGCUCAGUCUUCAGCAAGAAGUCAUCGCGACUCUGUCCAACAACAAUUGCCCCCAUCUCUUGUGCGAGGGACUACAGUACCCACGUCAAGUACUGGGUACAGUGGUACCUAUAUGUUGCAUCCGUCACUUGAUGAUUCCUGGUCAAACCAAGAUUUUGGUACAAAAGUGGUGUACCAUGAACAAAUGCGUGAAUUUUAUGGACCUACUCCAUUGACUCCGUCGUACAUUCCCGACGUACAAUAUCGACCACCAACGUACAGAUCAUCGACGGGACAUGGUGCAUAUGGCUACAGUCCCACACCUACACGUGUACAAGUAGUUGGUCAUCAAUGGAAUUCACCGAUUGUAAAUCACCAACCACCACCUCCAAUUUACGAUCAUAGCACUUCAAUGUUUUUAGCUCCACGUGCAAAUACCAUGCGACAUCCAAUGGAUAUAAUGUCACAUCAUUAUGGGAUGCGUCCACCUUUAGGUCGGACAAGUGGACAAAAUAUGUACGCACGCAUGAGUCCGCCAUUACCAGAAGCAAGUCCACCACAUUCACCACGUAAAAGCAUGGGAAUGCAUGUAGGUAUGAAACAUUGUAAGUUUUUCUUACAAGGACAUUGUCGAAUGGGCAACAAGUGUAAGUUUAUACAUCAAGGAAAUGGGUCAACGCCUGAGCUUGUACGUACGACUAGCUCAAUUUUGUAUCCACAACGAAUGAUGUUACCACCUCCAUCGCACAUGAUGCCACCACCACGUCAUCAUGGAGAUGAUAUGGGGCAAGUACCAUAUUCAGGACGUCCACAAUCUCGUCUGAAUUUUCGUACCGAUUCGUCAAAUGGAACUGGAAUGAAUGGUACACUGAUGACUAGCAAUACGUCAAUUCUUAGUGCUUGUACGACCGAUUCGUCCACUUUAAGUGCAGCUUUAAGUGUUGAAGAUAUUCAAAAUCGUGUGUUUACCAUGUCAAAAGAUCAAAAUGGUUGUCGAUUAUUGCAAGAACAACUUGAUUAUGAAGAUCGUACUGAUCUUUGUGAAGUGAUUUAUCACGAAUCACUAGAUCAUUUGGCUGAAAUGAUGGUGGAUCCAUUUGGUAAUUAUCUCUUUCAAAAAUUACUUGAACGUGUGAAAGAGACUCAACGACUGGUAAUUAUUCGUCGUGUCAGUUCCAAUCUUGUUGCUGCAGCUUUAAAUUUACAUGGAACACGUUCAGUGCAGAAGGUGGUGGAAGUAUGUGCUUUAUCACCGAAUGUGAUUGAGAAUGAUUAUCAUGAAGAGGAUUGUGAAGAAAUGAGAUUUGCAUCGCAAGGAGAAUCGGAAACACGUCGUACAACGAGUUUGCCAGAUUUAAUCGUGGAAGCUUUGAAAGAUGAUGCUGUACGAUUGUGUAUUGAUUCCAAUGGGAAUCAUGUGAUUCAACGAGCUUUGCAAUUUAUGAAACCCGAGUACAAUCAAUUUGUUUUUGAUGCAGUGUGUCAAGAAUGUACGACAGUUGGGACACAUCGUCACGGUUGUUGUGUAUUACAACGUUGUCUUGAUGCUGCUAACAAGCGACAAAAGACUGAAGUGAUUGAACAAGUGGAACGACAGGCAAUGAAAUUAAUGCAAGAUCCCUAUGGAAAUUAUGUCGUUCAAUAUGUUUUGGAUUCUUGUACUGCUGAAGAAGCGUAUGGUGUCAUUCUUAAGCCAUUGGGACACAUUUUUGAAUUGUCGAUUCAAAAAUUUAGCUCGAAUGUGAUUGAAAAGUGUCUUGAAAAAGCGCCGGAACGUGUGCGACAACAGUAUAUUGCUGAAAUUACUACGUGUUUGAAAUUAAACAAGAUGCUACAAGACCAAUUUGCCAAUUAUGUUGUACAACGAGCAUUAUGUGUGUGUGCUGAAGACCAAUGUUUAUUGCUUGUGAAAGCCAUUCGUCCUCAUUUAGCAGCAAUGAAGAAUACAUCUGGUGGACGUCGGAUUACUGCACGUAUUCUUAAGCGCUUUCCAACGAUGGACAUGGGUCUUGAUGGAGGAUUAUUCGAUGGAUUAUAUGAACCUACGACUCAUUCUACGAUGAAUCAUUUGAGUGUCACUGGAACAAGUUAUUUGCCUUCACAAUCUUUCCAUGGGACUGGAAUCGAUGAAAUGCAACAAUUUCAAACGCGAGACACUCGUAUGCAUAGUAGUGAAGGAAAUGUCAGGAUGGUUAGUGAGGGAUUAAAUGCUACAAGUCGUGCAUAA